AUGGAUGGAGGAUCAAUAUUUUGUGAAUCUAAAAGUCAACGUGUUUUAAACUCCAUAGGUAAUUAUAUGGGAAUGACGAUCGAGGAAAAGUAUCAUCCCUUUGUGAGAAAUUAUCUUUCUCCAUAUAUUUUCACAACAUACAAUUUAGAUGCUCCAGAGCUCUCCAUUUACAAAUACGAAAUGAAAAUUUCUCCAACUACAAGGAAAUUGCAUUUCAAAAUUAUACCAAAAUCCAUACCACCGUUUGUUAUUUCCUUGACUAUUAUAUUAGGAACAAUUUUAUUUAUUCAACUUAAUUUUGGAAUGUUCGCUUGGACAAAGACGAGAAUGUUUUGGAAUACAGAGUUACCCCUUUGGAAAAAAAUUCCAUUGCUGGGUUUAGGGAUUUUUGUCGAGACCGGUAUUAGUGGAAUAGCUUUGACGUUUUUGAGACAUGCUCUUUCUUGUGCUGCUUUGUCCACCUUUUUCUCCACGUUGGAAUACAGUGCAGAUGUGAAAUUUACCGGAAGCUGA